GAUGCUGCAGAGCCCGCCCGGCGCGACCCCCGCCGCAGCCUCUGCCAUGGACAAGAGCAGCCCCUGCGGCUCCGGUGCGUCCGGCUCCUCGGCCGGCAGCAAAGGGCAGCAGCCGCGGUCCGCCUCGGCCGGGCCCGCCGCGGGAGAGUCUAAGCCCAAAGGCGAUGGAAAGAAUUCCAAUGGAUCCAAACAGCGUUAUAAUCGUAAAAGAGAAACUUCCUAUUCAAAAAAUGAGAACUUUUCCAGUCAGUCCCGUCGCUCCAAUUCACAGAAAAGCAAAGCUUUUAAUAAGAUGCCUCCUCAAAGGGGAGGUAACGGUGGAAGUGGCAAACUUUUUAGCUCUUCUAAUGGUGGAAGACGAGAUGAGGUAGCAGAGGCUCAGCGGGCAGAGUUCAGCCCUGCCCAAUACUCUGGUCCCAAGAAGAUUAAUCUGAACCACUUACUGAACUUCACUUUUGAACCCCGUGGCCAAGCAGGCCAUUUUGAUGGGAAUGGACAUGGCAACUGGGGGAAAAGGAACAAGUGGGGACAUAAACCUUUCAACAAGGAGCUCUUCCUACAGGCCAAAUCCUGGAAGGAGCUGGCUGUUUCUUACAGUUUCUGGAAAACCACUGUGCCUGGCUCAUUCUGUAGUUACUGCCAGUUUGUUGUCUCUGAAGAACAGGACUACACAGUCCACUUUGCUGAUCCAGAUACCUUGGUCAACUGGGACUUUGUGGAGCAAGUGCGAAUCUGUAGCCAUGAAGUGCCCUCUUGUCCCAUAUGUCUGUACCCACCAACUGCAGCAAAGAUUACCCGCUGUGGGCAUAUCUUUUGUUGGGCCUGUAUCCUUCACUAUCUCUCCUUGAGUGAAAAGACCUGGAGUAAAUGUCCUAUUUGUUACAGCUCUGUUCACAAGAAGGAUCUCAAGAGCGUUGUUGCUAUGGAAACACGUCAAUAUGCAAUUGGUGAUACCAUUACCAUGCAACUUAUGAGAAGAGAGAAAGGUGUUCUGAUAGCACUGCCCAAAUCUCAGUGGAUGGAUGUGGUGCAGCCAGUUUACUUUGGAGAUGACCAUCACAGUCAGUAUUCAAAGCUGCUUCUGGCAUCCAGGGAGCAGGUCUUGCAGCUGGUGAUUCUGGAGGAGAAAGCAGCAUUACUAAAGCAGUAUGAGGAAGAAAAACACACCCCAGAGGCUUGCUUUAUUGAGGCAGCUAUCCAGGAACUGAAGGAGCGAGAAACGGCACUCUCUGCUGACCAGCGUAAAAACAAUGGCAUUGCUGGAAUCAGUGCAGCUGUGGAAGAAUUGGUACUAGAAAGUUCCAAGGCUGUGGAGCCUGCAGUUUCCCAAGAGAAAAAGUGUGGUGUGGAAUAUCUCUCUGCUUUUGAUGAGGAGCUUGUGGAGCCUUGCUCUGAUCUGGCAAGUUCCCUUUCACCACCCAUGGAAGCAGAAGAGGCAGUGCUGGAUGAAGAGGAAGUACCUGAGGUGGAUAUAGGAGGGGAUCCUGAUACAAACACUGUGGAAGAAUCAAAUCCCGUUGAAACAUGCUGCCAAGAAUCUAAAGAUACAGUUACCAGUGGACACCUAAGCAACUCUCCUUUUUACUAUUUCUAUCAAGCGGAGGACGGGCAGUGUAUGUAUCUUCACCCAGUGAAUGUUCGAUGUCUCGUUCGUGAAUAUGGCAGCUUGGAGAAGAGUCCAGAGAAGAUAACUGCAGCUGUAGUGGAGAUAACUGGCUACUCAAUGACAGAGGAUAUAAGACAGCGUCAUCGCUAUCUCUGUCACUUGCCCCUCACCUGUGAGUUCAGCAUUUGUGAACUGGCUCUGAAGCCACCCAUCAUCUCUAAGGAGACUUUGGAGUUGUUUUCAGAUGACCUUGAAAAGAGGAAACGUCUGCGGCAGAAGAAAGCUCGUGAUGAACGGCGACGUGAACGCAGAAUUGAAAUAGAAGAAAACAAGAAACAGGGCAAAUAUCCAGAGGUCCAUAUUGCUUUAGAGAAUCUGCAGCAGUUCCCUGCUUUUACCUCUUGUCCCAGAGAAACUACCAGCAUUGAUCAUCGGAGCUUCUGUCUGUCUCCUCUUGGCAGAAGCCCGGUGUAUCAGACAGAGUCUAUUCCAACUCCACUGUCACCUGCUGCCAGCCAGGUCAGCCCUUUGCUCUGUGGGAGUUUGGAAGAGGAGUCUCCCUUCCCUUCCUUUGCCCAGAUGUUGAGAGUUGGAAAGGCGAAACCAGAAACGUGGCCCAAACCUGCUCCGAAGACAAGAGAUGAGAACACUCUGGCCCUCCCUGUGCCAGUGGAUAGUGAUGGAGAAAGCGACAGCUCUGACCGCAUACCUGUGCCCAGCUUCCAGAAUUCCUUCAGCCAAGCGAUUGAGGCAGCCCUCCUGAAACUGGACAAACCGUCCACAGCUGCUCAUUUGUCAGAGGAAAAGGGAGGCAAGAAAAGAAAGAAACAGAAGCAGAAGCUAUUGUUCAGCACCUCUGUUGUUCACACAAAGUAAUUCUGCUGUUCACAAGAAGUUUUCUCUCCUGGUUUUCUUUUCAUUUUGCUUUGUUUUGCUGCUAUAGUUUAAGUAUUUAAAUUUGAACAGACUAAAGUUGUGUUUCCAGGGCUUCUAGGGGGUUCAGGAGGAAACCAUGAACAGGAUAUGUUGAAGUAAGACCUUCUGAUUCCAACUGCUUAAUCAGGUCAUACUGAAACAAAGUUUUGAAAGAAACAACUCAGAGACAAAUCAGCCAAGGUCUCUAGUGUGUGCCAGGUUGGUUCUUUUGGCCUAACAGGCAGUGUGAAAGUCUUACACCUGUGUGGCACUGCCAGAAUACUGCAAUAUUACCUAAGUGAAGAUGCAGAGAGCCUUUAUUUCCCUAGAAGUACUCAUGGGCAGAAGUCCACCUGACUGUGACAGCAGCGCUGUCUCAGUAAAGCUGUCAAACUGCUCUCUUGAGAAACUGCUUUCUGCUGCACUGGAAAUGGGCAAAAGAGCUUACUGGCUUUAGAGUGUUAGCUGCUAUUAUCUGUUCUUUUCCUAAAGAGCAAGUAUUCCUCCUGUUCUCCUGGCUUGGAAAGAUUUAAAGCUGAGGUGAGCAUAGAGCAGAACUUGGCUGCUUGGUUUUGAAGUGACUCUUGAUGGAUUUGUGUAUUUGAAACGUGUCCUGGUGCUGGUGGCGGAAGGCACCUCCUGGCUUCUGUCAGUUGUUCAACUCUGGUUUAAUGUGGGUGAGUGAGGCUGCUAAUUUUUUCUCUUCUGCCAACUAUGGGCUGCACAUUCUUUGUAACCUGAUCAUCUAGAAUAAACACUCCACCCUA